CCAGCCAGACUUCCGGUGAUUUAUUUAUGUUACUGUGUUCCCGUGAGCCGCGAUGAUAUUGAUAAACAAACAAUGGUUUUGCUCUCUUUCAAGAACCAUUCAAUGCUGCCUUUGACUCAAGUAUAUUGUGCAUGAUGACAUAGUGAUAGUGCAGGGCUGGUAGAUCUAAAUUGCUGGAACCAUUGGGAGCUCAUCUGUUCGCAAAAUGGAUGGUGAUCAGUUCCAAAAGGAAAUAGAUCUUCCUGUUUGACUGAAACACAAGGAAGACUACUCAUGAUUUGGGAUGAAGCCGUUUUCCUUCUGGGAGGGAUCAAUAUGCAGUUUGUGAACAGAGAAGCUCUGUUCAUUUUGUGUGUGAACUAUGCAUUUUUCUCAGUGGUUGUUUUAUCUUUUGUUCUUGUCAUCAUGUUGAUGACUCACACAUCACAGACUCAUCAGGAUUUCAUGACUUCUUUGUCAAUGAUGGCUCUCAGCUUUAUCUUUAUCGACUUGGUGAUAGCAAAUUUUUUAGUUGAAUCAAUUCGACUACAGACAGAGAUUAAAGCCAUAUAUCAAAUCUGAGACAGAUAGUAAAGUCCUGAAUAUUUUUUUUUCCAUUGUUAUAAUCUGCUUUUCAAGAAACAGACAAUUUUAUCCUGUGCAGUAUUCAAAGACAUCAGAGAACAUUAAGACCCUAAAUAUAUUAAAUUUUACCAUGGCUUCAAGUAGACCAAAUCAGCCGUCCAGUUUAGUCACCCAAAAGAGUCUCUCUUCUGACUCUGGGGUCAUGACCAUCAACUCUGAGGGGUCGUAUAACGGCUUAGAGUUGUUCGAGGACAGUGCCUUGAGCCCUGUGAGCCCCAGCUCUGCCUUUUCUGUGUCCUCCAUUGGGAACAUUGAGCACAGCUUUGUGGACGCCCUUUUGCUGUGCCAGUGGGACAACAUUCUCGGGCCUCGAUUGGAGCAUGUUUGGUAUGUCACCGGCAGACCCCAGCCUCACACCAACAUACUGCGUUUCAUCACCGGACAGGUGCUCAGUGGGGAAAUUUGCAGGGAUGUACACUCUAGCCAGAUAGACUUCAAGUUCUUUGACAUUCCAGAUAAAGGGAUCAUCUUUCCAGCAUUCAUUUUCUCAGCACAAGGCAGCAAUGGCCUCGCUCUGCAAAGUCUAGCAUUAGUCAUUCCCAACUCAGAGCUUACUCUUUACCUGCAUCAAGUAGACUUAAUUCAUUCUUGGAUGACAAGAAUUGUAGCAAAAUUAAGAGUCAUUUGUGCAAUGAAAGACUUUGGCACGUCUGGCCUGGCUGACCUCUCCUCAUGGCUGUGGUCCUUUAUGGACAUGCUGUCGUCUCUCCAAGAAGUGGGCCUUCCGCCUAAGAUUGAGCUAAACUACACAGCUUUUUGUCCAGCCCACACCUUAGAGCUGGACUUCCUCCGGCUUAUGGUGUCCUCUCAUCUCAUGACCUUUGGCCGCAGCGUGGUCAUGGGCAAGCAUGUGGACAGGGUCAACGUCCUGGUCUACACCCUGGGCCUCUUCUGCUGGGACAGCGAGCGGCUGUGUUCUCGCGCCGCACUCUCCGGGAGGAACUGGCCCUACUACCAGGACCUCGGUGUCCAGGGGUGUAUAAAGAAUGCUGACGGUUCUUUCAAUCUGGCAAUCAGAGAUUUGCAGUGUAGUGGGUAUCCCACCACCAUCAUUGAUGUGGAGCACCGCGAUGUGAUGCAGUCCAGUUCUGCAACAGACCACCGACGUUUACGCCACCAGGCACUAGCAGAAGAAUUAGAAGAAUUAUACAAGGGACAUGAAGGCUAUGAGAAUGGGCCUGCAGGCACAUUUCAAAAUGUGAAUGCUCCAGAAAGUUUGGUGAAAGAUUUGAUCGAUAAUGUCCACAAGCUUCCCCCUGAAAAUGGCAUCCGUGAGUCUUUCAUUAGGCACUUUAUGCACAGCCUUCAGCGUCGAGCUCUCUGUCUGAUCAAACAUAUGGAGGGAGACAGUUCUUUCUUUUCUUCCCCUACCCGUAUUGCCACCAAACGCCUCCGACAAGAUCUGGGACUCCAGCUGGAGGGGGAUUUUCGCAUUGUCCUCGCAACAGCUGACAAACUGAAGCCAGGACUGUACCAGUUUGUGAUGGGAGAGAAAAAAUAUGACAAUGAGUAUCUUCCAAAUAUGGCUGACGUGUUGUAGCCAUGAGAGACGUAUUUUUACGUUUAUUUCUGUGCUUUUUUCCUAUCAGAGACAGGCCAGAAAAUGAGGAAAGUGCAGUCUUUGUUUUCUCAGGCGGCCUUGUGGACUGCAUCAUUUGACCCCGUGGCUGAGUGAGGAGGCUUCUUGUGUCUGUGAUUUCGUUAAAAACUGUUCAUGAUUUCCGGCAGGAUGGGAUGCAGCUGAUGUCUGUUGGUGGCUGAGAUUGACAAGUUGACCUCUUACGAGACAUGAGAUCAACAAGAUUCAGUCUCUAUGUUUAGUCAGAAUUUAGUUUCCCACACAAUAGACUACAGUUGUGUGCAUUCUUUGUCAUCGGUUCCAAUAUCGUUGGAUUGAGUGUGUGAUUUCUAAGGGGAAAAUGUUGUGUGUUUCAAGAGGUAUAACAGCAGGAAACUUAUCAGAAGUGCACGGCUUGGAAUGAAUGUCGGAUUUUUUGGAUUUUUUUUCGGUUUUCAGCUUUUUGUAUAAGAUUCUUCUUUUUCUAAUGAUCAGAUUGAGUAUAUGAUUUUUAAAAUUCUCUCUGGAAAUUCAGUUACUGUGAUUUUUAUGUAUGUUACUUUGUCUCUUUAUCUAUUUUUAUUUUUGGAGGUUGCUCAUUUUUGUCAUUAUAAAAUGUUUCAUGUCAGUGGGUGAUUUCCAAUUCUUUAUGUUUGCGUGUGUCCCCGCCAUUGGAUGCUUUCUCAGUUUGCAAGCACCUGUACUCUGCUUAUCUGUUUAUGGGAACAGUCAAAGUCCUGAUUUUACCCUCUGUGCCCAUCCCAGUGAUAAUGAGUUUUGUCAAAAAAGGGCAUCUCUAUCUUCUGCCAGUUUUAACUUGCAGGUUUUUGGGGUACUAUAAAAAGUAUGUCUCAGUUGCUGUCACUUUUUUCAUUAGACAUGUUUGCUAACUUCUCUUACACCACUAUAAAGUAAGCAUACAACUGUUGUGUUUGGAUCAAUAGUAGCUAAAGAUAGGCAUUGUUCUAUGAGUUGACGUAGACUUAUGGUCCUACAUAUAGUUGGAAGAGAGACGGGGGCAAGUUUUAAUUUUUUUAAAGCUUAAAAUGAGACACCUUUAGCUUGGCAACACUUACUGAUGAGGAAGGCUAAUCAUUAAUUCUUACAAUGGGAACUUUGAUUUUUUUUAAAUGACCUAUCAGAUUAUGUGUAGAGCUGGGCGAAGAAUCGA